AACCACCACAAUUUUUAUUACAUGCUUUACAACGUUAAGCCCACACCUUAAUUUCACAUAAUAUCUCACCAAUUUCUUACCUAUUUUCCCACAUCACGUGCUUAAUGCAUGAAAUAGUUGCAAAACUUUAAUGCAUGAAAUAGUUGCAAAAAGUUCGAAAACAAAAUCAAUAGAUACGCCAAUAGGUCGUUUAUGUCAUUUCUCGAAAACUAGCAGUUCAAUACUAUCUAUGGUCCUAGUAGUUUUCCGCCUCGGUGGAUUUCUGGCUCUUGAUUAUGUGGUCGUUCGGUUCUUCAUUUACUUUCGUCGCUUGUUUUUCUUGUGUGGCUUGCCUUCACGACAUUUUCUUCCCUUCAGUUCGCUUGGUUGGUGGAUAUUUUGUCGUGUGUUUCGUGAUCGCCGUUUGAAACUUCUCAUACAGUUCGUGUGCCAUUCAUUUGCUUUUGUUUUACUAUGUUCAUCCGCUGUUUUUCUUCUAUGGUUCGCCCAUCGUUUAUUACUACUAUAAAACUGAAUAGUGAAAUGAUUGAUAAGGGCAAAAUUAGGGGGUGGUUGUUGCAUGAUAAUAUAACAUCCCCUUUUAAUUAAAUCACUUCAUUACACACCUAUACCACAUAAUAAUCUUGUCGUACUAUUAUUCCAAUUCAUGAUGUUCCUAUCACCAUGAAAUUGCCACCACCCCAUUCCAUCUCUCUCCAACUUUUCCACCAACUCACAUCUAGAAGCUCUCUCUCUCCUAUAUAUGUAUAUAUAUAUAUAGGUUUAGUAGUGGAAAAAAUAGUGUGUUUCAUUUUCAUAAUUGUGUUAUCAAUGGGAAGGUCUCCUUGUUGCGAGAAGGCUCACACGAACAAGGGCGCGUGGACGAAGGAGGAAGACGACCGGCUCGUGGCGCACAUCCGGGCCCACGGGGAGGGGUGCUGGCGGAGCCUCCCCAAGGCGGCGGGGCUCCUCCGCUGCGGCAAGAGCUGCCGCCUCCGCUGGAUCAACUACCUCCGCCCCGAUCUCAAGAGGGGCAACUUCACCCAAGAGGAGGACGACCUCAUCAUCAAGCUCCAUAGCCUCCUCGGCAACAAAUGGUCUCUUAUAGCGGGGAGAUUGCCCGGGAGGACGGACAACGAGAUCAAGAACUAUUGGAACACGCACAUCAGGAGGAAACUGGUGAGCCAAGGGAUCGAUCCCACGAGCCACCGCCCCAUCAGCGAGCCUUCAGCUGCAGCAUCGUCGCAACGAGAAGCAAAUCCAUCAAAAAUAGACAAGUUUGUCAAAGAAGAGAGUCAAUGUUGUAGCCAGGUUAGAGAAAGGUGCCCAGAUUUGAAUCUUGAUCUAAGAAUCAGCCCUCCAUAUCAGAAUCAAGAAGCCUUCAAAACCGGCACGAAUAGUACCUUUUGCUUCGGUUGUAGUACCGGCAUUCAAAGUAGCAAAGAUUGCAGAAUGGCAAGUGGUAGUGGUAGUGGUGCGGGUGGUAGUGGUGAAAUUUUUGAUGACGUACAUCGGCGAAUUAGAGAACAGUUGCGGGCAGUUACGUCCAGGGAGAUAAAUCGCGCGAUACAAGCGGCCUUGCAGCGGCAGCAGCCGGCGGUACCUCGACCCAUCCAUCGUCGAACUAUAGUACCCCGGGACCACAUCGCUGCACACCGUCGGUUGUAUGAGGAUUACUUCGCUCCGGAGCAGCGUUUUGGGGAGAACAUGUUCCGACGAUGUUUUAAGAUGCAUCAUCCGCUAUUUCUGCGUAUCGUGGGCGCUAUAGAGCGUCGAUACAAGUAUUUCAGGAUGAGGGAGGAUGCGGUUGGUAAACCCGGCCACACGCACAUACAUAAGUGUACUGCCGCAAUCAGACAGCUGGCAUACGGAGGUGCGACCGACAUGUUCGAUGAGUACCUCCACAUCGGCGAGACGACUGCCUGCGAUUGUCUGAAGUAUUUUUGUGAGGGCGUUAGGGAGAUAUUCGAGGAUAGGUAUCUUCGGAAGCCUACCCUCGAAGAUUGCCAGGCUUUGAUGGAUAUGCACGAGAGUCAGCACAAGUUUCCGGGAAUGUUGGGCAACAUAGAUUGUAUGCAUUGGGAGUGGAAGAACUGCCCCGCCGCCUAGAAAUGAGUGUACACUACCGGUUUCAAGGGCAAGAAUCCCACGAUGAUCCUUGAAGCAGUAGCUGACUACCGGCUGUGGAUUUGACAUGCGUAUUUUGGAGUAGCCGGGUCGAACAACGACAUCAAUGUUCUCCAGUCAUCGCACCUUUUCAACGACUAGUGCAUGGGUGUUGGUCCGGCCGUCAGUUUCGUUAUGGGCUAUUAUUUGGCGGAUGGGAUAUACCCUAUGUGGCCCGUCUUUGUGAAGACGAUCAGAUGCCCAAUAGAAGAAAAGAAGAUCCAUUUUACGGGUCGUCAGGAGGCAGCAUGCAAGGAUGUGGAGCGGGCAUUUGGUGUGCUCCAGGCUCGAUGGGCGGCAGUGAAGGGUCCAUCACGGCUGUGGUAUAUUGACAACAUCGCUGAUAUCAUG